GUUAAUUUUAAUCAGAAUUUCCCUUUGGCAGAAAAAGGUGUGCACUUGAUUCCAUACGACGGAAACAGGGUGUUUAGAUUUUAAAGUUGGAAGUGAAAUGAUAUAAAAAGAAUAUGGAUCUAUCGUUAGUGCCAGAAAUUUGUAUAAUCAUUUUGACUUUGAUUGUUUUUCUCGCGCUUGUGCCGCUAUGUUUGUCCGCACAACACAAAUAUUCAGUAAUUUUUAUCAGCAUUAUUAUAGUUGAAUAUGCAUUUGAAUUACUCCGUGUUUUAUAUUUCGUGAAAUAUUACUGGAAUUCAACACAUUUGUCCUUGUAUUUUCUUCCCGUAAAACGUAUGCCUGCAGUUUCGAUGAUUUGUUCUGAACUACUCGGCACAAUAAUUUUGACAUCCCUCCCAUUUAAACAAUCUUCAUUAACAGUCGCUUGUUUCAUCUAUAGUUUAUUAUCGCUGACAUUAAUCACAGUAUGGAACAAUUUGUUGGGAACAUGCUUGAUAACGGACAAAUAUUCCUUCUAUGCUUUUGAUGACUCACGACUAAACACAGCUUUUUACUGUUAUGAAAAAUUGGAUCCUUGGACGAGUGGUUACUUUCUGGAAUAUUUGCUAUUAAGUAUUCCUACUUUAGCAGUACUGUACGACAAACUAUACAAAACGUCCUCAUUAUCUGAAUUGUGGUAUCCUCCUUCAAAGGAAACAUGUCCUAUCUGUCGUAUCAACAUCGUACUUUACAACCAUAUAUUGGCGCUGGCCCUCCUCAUGAUUUGGUGCGUCAGACCGACUUAUUUCUUAUUUAUUGCAUUUGGAUCUUCUUUCCGUGUUGCGUCUAUUUAUAUUGACUUAUUUAUCAUGAUAUCAUCAAUGUCAUGUUUUAUUCUGGUUUUGAUGAACAUUCUCAGGUUUUAUCUUUUUCGAAAAGUAGAAUUUACGGUUGAUAAUGAAAGCGAAUAUAACGAUGUAAUCGAAAACUGUGGCUUACCUAAAGAGAAAUCCAUAAAAUGUGAGCAAAAUGACUACUAAGAAAAAACUUAUCUUUCAGUAUGUUUUCGAAAUGAAUAAAAAAAAAUAUCAUUAGCACCUUAAGCCUCAGAUUUCCCAAAAUAUCAUUUGUCCUGUGGCAGUAAAAAGUAUGCAAUAUGGUUAAAAAUAAGUCUGAACUACAAUGGUUUAUGAUAUCGCUGAUAUGGGUACCCAAACAUAUGUUCUCACAGUAUUUUUAGUAUUGUUGAUCAAUUUAUUUGUAUAGAUCUAUCCAUUUGUGAAUCUAUCAUAUCAAUUAUCGAAUAGGUUGUGUAUAUUUUUUAAUUAAAUGAUUAGUUUUCA